UCUCGCUAUUCAAAAGAUACUGCCCACACGUUUUUUCCAUCCGUAGAAGGCUCUUUUGUUUCGGAAAGCACUCUGCUUCAGCUCUCUAUCAGCACAUUUUUGCUUGUCGUUCUCGCAUUUGCGCUCAAGGCCCGCAACAAACUCGCUGGAAUCACCCCACCAGAAGGUUACAACUGAUGGAAGGAAACCGCCCUUUGGCUUACAAAGACCACGCUAUGGUCUGGGUGGACUGCGAAAUGACGGGACUCAAUCUCGAGAAGGAUAAGAUUCUUGAAAUCGCAGUGAUAAUCACAGACGGACAGCUCCGCCCCGUUGACGAUGGCAUCGAAUUCAUUAUCAAGACGGACAAAGCAUCUCUUGACGCGAUGGAUGAGUGGUGCACAAAACAACAUGGCCAGUCUGGGUUGACGCAAGCGUGCCUGGACUCGCCGCACUCGCUCGAGGACGUUUCAAAAACGGUUCUGGCUUAUAUCAAGAAGUGGAUCCCACAACGCCGUGUCGGGAUUUUGGCUGGCAACUCAGUCCACGCGGACAGAGGGUUUCUUGUGAAGCAAAUGCCUGAAAUUAUCGAGUGGUUGCAUUAUCGUAUUAUUGAUGUCUCUUCUGUCAAAGAACUUUCAAGGCGCUGGUAUCCUGAACUUGGCCUUCCAAAGCUAAAGGAGAGUAAACAUCGUGCCUUAGAUGAUAUCAGAGCCUCUAUCGAAGAGCUCAAAUGGUAUCGACGCAAUAUCUUCAAGCAGCCAACAAUAGCAGAGCCUCCGGAGGCUGAAGCGUCAUGA